AUGACGCGCCUCCUCGCGCUCCUCGCGCCGGUCGCGGCCGCCAUCGACUUUGCCGCUACGUGGCGUGACUGCCCGACGCGCACGUCGCCGCGCGCCCAGUGCGCCGACGUCCUCGUACCGCUUUGCUACCCGGGAGUUUGCCACAGCAACGCGACGCUCUCCGUGCAUCUCGAGCGGAUCCCGUCGAUGGCAGUACCGGCCAAAUCGCUUUGGUUCCUCCAAGGCGGCCCGGGCCUCCCCUCGUCGAGCCUCGACGAGGCCAUGGUGCGCGCGUACGACGCCGCGAACGGCUCGGUGAGCGUCUAUACGAUGGACCACCGGGGCACGGGGCGCAGCAGCCGGCUCGAAGAUGCGUGUGUUGGCGCUGAUACGGUCGGCUGCUUUGCGGCGCUUAAGGCCAAAUACGGCGCCGACGCUCCGAGCGGCUUCUCCGUCACGAGCGCAGCCACGGACCUCGCCGCGCUCCUCCAAGGCCCGUCGCUGCGCCACGAAGAGGCGUACAUCUACGGCGUGAGCUACGGCACGUACUGGGCGCAACGGCUCAUGCACUUUUCGCCGCCUACCGUCAAGGGCUAUGUCCUCGACAGCGUCAUGUCGGCGAGCCCCAUGAAGCUCUAUAGCCAGUGGGACGCCGACGUCGCGGUGGCAGAAACUGCCUUUUAUGCGCGCUGCGACCGCGACCCGUUCUGUGCCUCCAAGGUCGGUCCAUCGUCGCAGACGCUAGCGCGGCAGCUCCUUGCCAAAAUCGAUGCCAAUGACACAGCCUGUGCCCGCGCGCUGCCGUCGACGUCCCUCCUUCGGUCGACGCUCGGGCGCCUAUUUCGCGAGCCGUCGCAGCGCAAUAUGAUUCCCGCAGUGCUCUACCACCUGCGCAAGUGCCUCGACGACUACGAGUCGCACGCUCGCUUUGUACAAAACCUCGUCGCGAACGCAGUGGCCCCGCUACCGAUCGACGGCGGCUCGAUGCUACUGCACAAUACCAUCGUCUACAACGAGCUCUGGGCGUCGCAGACGCUGGCCGAGCUGCAGGCACAAGCCGCCGCGACGACGUGGCAGCCGAUAGACAGUAUUGCCCAACGCCUUGUCGACUAUUGUCUCUACACGGGCGGGAGUCGAGACGGCGCCUGCCGGGACGUGCCGGCCCCGCGCAUGAGCUUUGCUUAUGCCCACGACAAGUACUGGAACGUGUCGCCGCCAUUGCCGCCGACCACGAGUGUGCUCCUCCUCUCGGGUGACUUGGAUGCACAGACGCUGCCUUUGUACGCGCUGGCCGCGAAUGCGUCACUCGCAUCUGCUCGGACGCGGCUCCUGCGCUUCCCCGACGGCGGCCACUCGGUGCUCUCGACGGCGUUGACGCCGGGCGGCAGCUGCGGUGCUCAGUUACUGGAUCAAUUUGUAGCGACCAACGGCAAUGUCACGGCCUUGGAUGUCUCGUGCAUGGCAGCGAUACCAGCGCUGCAGUUUCAAGUCGUGCAGGAUGCGGCGAAGGCGACGGCACUGUUCGAUUCGGCCACCGACAUGUAUGGUUCGCCGCAAGUCAUCGCGGCGCGGGCAUCGAACCCAGCGACGAUGGCGUACGAUGACAGCUACCUUCUCGCGGGCGUGGGGCUGUCGCAGUCCCGCACACGUCGACGAACGCUCGUGCCCCAAGAUGUCGACGACCUGCCGCCCACCGUCGCUGCCGUGCUUCGGCGCGACUCCAUGGCGGACGACCCUGAAGAGUGCAAGGACAAUGAGAGCGACGCCGAAGACAGUCCGACGGGCCAAAGUAGAAAUGAGUAA